AUGUUUAGAUCAGUAGUACUGAAGGCUAGCGCCGUCACCCAGAUGUCCGUGCGUGGGAUGAGAAUCAACGCUGUGAAUGCAUCCACUCAAAAGGUGGUGAACCAAUUAUCUGCUCUCGCUGCUUCAAAGAAACAACCAAAAUUGAUAAGUUUAUGUAAGGAAGACCUUAUCAAGCACAAGACCAUUACCAACGCAUGGAUCGUUUACCAGAGAAAGGUCAGCAUGAAGAGAGAUAGACAACUCAAGGCCCAAUACAAAAGUAUGUACGAAGCUAUGGAAGAUUUGAAGACUACUAGUCCAGCAUUAUUCGAACAAGCACAAAAGAAACAACCAAAUAGCAAAUUCCCACUUGAUAUGAGAAUGCCUACCGAAUUCCCUGCUAACAAGCCUUGGGUUUACAACUUUGAAAGUCAAAAGAAAUAA